GGCAGCAGCAGCGCACUUGUCCUGCCAGCAGACAAUGCUUCUAGCAACGUUCAAGCUGUGCGCUGGGAGCUCCUACAGACAUAUGCGCAACAUGAAGGGUCUUAGGCAUCAAGCAGUGCUGGCCAUUGGUCAGGAGCUAAACCGGAGGGCAAUGGGGGGUCCGGCCCCUAGUGCAUGGAUUAACCAGGUCCGGCGUCGGAGCUCUCUACUUGGCUCUCGGCUAGAAGAAACCCUCUACAGUGAACAGGAGAUGGCCUAUGUUCGGCAGGGUGAGGAGGCCAUGCAGAAGGCCUUGGGCAUUCUCAGCAACCAGGAAGGCUGGAAGGAGGAGAACCAGCAGGCAAAUGGGGACAAGGUGCUAAGUAAAGUGGUCCCAGAAGUAGGCAAGGUGUUCCGGCUGGAGGUGGUGGUAGACCAGCCCAUGGAGCGGCUCUAUGCAGAGCUCGUAGACCGCAUGGAGGCAAUGGGAGAAUGGAACCCCAAUGUCAAAGAGAUCAAGGUUCUUCAGAAGAUUGGAAAAGACACAGUCAUCACUCAUGAACUGGCUGCGGAAUCUGCAGGAAACCUCGUGGGGCCCCGCGACUUUGUGAGUGUGCGCUGUGCCAAGCGCCGAGGCUCCAACUGUGUGUUGGCUGGCAUGGCCACACACUUUGGGGAGAUGCCUGAGCAGAAAGGAGUCAUUAGAGCUGAACAUGGUCCCACUUGCAUGGUGCUUCAUCCACUGGCUGGAAGUCCUUCAAAGACCAAGCUCACAUGGCUACUCAGCAUUGACCUCAAGGGAUGGCUGCCGAAAGCUAUCAUCAACCAGGUCUUAUCACAGACCCAGCUGGAUUUCGCCAAUCACCUGCGCCAUCGUCUGGACUCCAGUGUGGCUUCUGAAGUCCGGUGUUAA